AUGAGCAUAAUGAGCUUUGCCCCAACGCUGCGGCCACCGGGUGAUCUCGCAAGUCUCGUCGCUGGGGAGCUGAACAGAAAGAGCCGCGCCUGGGCGCUUUUGCGGUCGCAGUCCGCGAAUGUUCCGCCCUUUGAAAAGGUCAAGUUGGAUACAUCAGCGAAUGGUCUCGCGAAUUUCGAGAGGGAGUUUGACGAUAUACCAGACGAAUCAGCGCAGGAUAUCAAGGACGAUGAACGGGUGUCAUUGUGGAAGUCCAAGCUUAAGCAUUAUAUGAUUUUAUCAUCGGCGGGCAAACCAAUAUGGAGCCGCCAUGGCGACUUAAGUUUGAUCAAUUCUUACAUGGGAGUUGUCCAGACUAUUAUAUCCUUUUACGAAGGCGCGAAGAACCCCCUACAGGGAUUCACGGCUGGGAACGUGCGGUUCGUGGUUGCAACGGAGGGCCCGCUAUACUUCGUUGCAAUCAGUAGGCUGGGCGAAAGCGAUGCCCAGCUCAGAGACCAAUUGAAGGCACUCUACAUGCAAAUAUUAUCAACUCUUACGUUACCCACCCUCACAAAGAUAUUCAUAAAUCGACCGGGAACCGACUUAAGGGCACCUUUGCGAGGGACAGAGUCGUUGCUUGCCUCCUUAGCAGACAGUUUCACCAAAGGGUCGCCGUCUGCUCUUCUAGGUGCUCUAGAAUGUCUGAGGCUACGCAAGUCACAGCGGCACAGUAUCAACAAUGCAUUCCUCAAGGUCCGAACUGAGAAGCUCCUGUAUGGUCUGAUCGUCGCCGGAGGCAAACUAGUCAGCGUGAUAAGACCUCGGAGACAUUCUCUUCAUCCCUCAGAUCUACAACUCAUCUUCAACAUGCUCUUCGAGUCUGAGAGCAUACAGGCCGGGGGUGGUGAGAACUGGAUUCCUCUGUGCCUGCCCGCCUUCAACAACACAGGCUUUCUCUACAUGUAUGUAAGCUUUUUCGACGGUGCUUCUGGCGAAGAAGGCAGACCUACAUCGGCUCCCCAUGGCGAGCAAAUAGCCAUUAUUCUCAUCAGUCCUGACAAGGAAUCAUUCUUCGAUCUCAAAGAAAUGCGCGACAAGGUCGUCCAGUCGCUUACGAAGAACGGUAGCCUGGCAAUCAUCAAAGCAGCUGUUAAGGCUGGGCGGCCCCCAGUGUCGAGCCUUGUCCCAGGCAUCCAGGUCAGCCACUUUCUCUACAAGUCCAGGGCAAACGUUCAGUUUUGCAUGGCGGCUCUCGAGCCGACCUUUGGAGACAUCAUAACCUCCACGACUACGUCGGAUGACGGCGAGAAAGAGCGCUCUGGUCUUGUCGGUCGCAGAAGCUUGAUGACGCUAUAUCACCAGCUACAUGCUGCAGUUCAUGCGCGGCAUUCUCAUCUCAAGGUCUUGCAUUGUGUCAGUGAGGAUGCUGCCAGUCUGGCAUGGGUCACGCCGGUAUUCGAGUUCUACUGCGUGUCUGGACCGAACACAUCACGAGUGGUAAUGACGCAGGCGGCCAACAAGAUCAUUCAGUGGGCGAAGAAAGAAGAGGAAAGACUAUUCAUCAUAGGAGGCGGCGUAUUUUGA